UUGUAGGAUUUUUAUUUUUGUGAAAUGAGUACAUGAGUUUUGAUUUUUGUUCUAGAUUUAGGGUUUUUUGAACUAAUUAUUGGUGUGAUAGAUGAGAUGAUUUAUUCUGUGAAAUGAUUUAGGGUUUUUGAAUUUCAAGUUGAAGAUAUAUUGAACAAACAAAAUGGAUUGUAGUUUUAAUUAUACAAAUUUUUCUGUCGAUUCUUAAUAUUAACUCCAAUACUAAUUUAACAAUGAUUUUUUUCUCAUUGCUAAAAUUGUAGUUCUAUUUCACUGCUCCUAAUUUUUGUCUAUUUCAUUUUCACUUCAUACACUAUAUACAGCAGUAGAAGUGGGUCUUUCUUUUUUUCUUUUUGACAAAGAUCUCCUAUUUAAUAUCACAUCCCUCCAAAGUGUCUCCAAAAUUCAUAAUUGAUUGGUUCCACAAUUCCCUCAACCCACAAUGUGAGACGUCACAACACUCAAAAAACAGUAGCCUCAUGCAAUGUGCAAAACAGAGUAUAUAUACAAAUAGUUAAUCAAUACACUCUUAAUAUGGUCAGUGAGAGGUGUGUAGUAUAACUUCCUCACAACACUCAAACCUCUAUGAAAUGGUUUAACACUCAUAACAGCUCCUUGUAACCUGCACAAUAAACAAAACAUUUGGAAACGCUCAAUAUAUCUUCCCAAUCACCCAACCCACAUUUAAUGAACUCCCAUCCCUUAUUUCUCUUCCCAAAUGAUUAGGGCUAUUCUUCAAUAUUGAAUCUAGCAGUUUCCAUGUAUCAAGGAACCACCUGUCACCUUGAUGGCUUUUCAGGUUAGAAAUAGAUAACAUACGGAAUCUUACCAUGUCAAUAAUAUGCUUGACAACCACUUCCUCAGGGAGGAAUUCAUCAUCAAAUAAGUGAUAGCAUUUUUUUCAAAAUUCCUUCGUUAGAAUAGCAUAUGAUAUCAAAGGAGCUCCUAGUUUCAGGCUUAUAGCCAUGAGAGGAUAUUCAAAACUUUUAUAUUGGUGUUACUUCUAUUUAUUCAUUUUUUCUUUUCAUUUAGAAAAUAUUUGGGUAAAUUAUAAAUUCACCCCUUGUGGUUAUGGAAAAUGCAUCCUACCCCUCGAGGUUUUAAACCACAUUACAAUUUUCUUCUUCAUAAAGACUUAGGUCAACUAACAAAAUUGGAUGAUGUCAACAAAUUUUUUUUUUUUGAAAAUAUCUAUUUUACCCAUAGCUCCUAUCGCUCCGUCUUUUUCCUAUUCUCUUCGUUUCUUAGCCACAUCCCCCUAGAUAAUCCAAUGACUUUUUUAUAUAAUUUUAAUUUUAUACACUCACUUAUACAUUUUUAUACAACUCUGCCAAUGAUUGAAAAUUGCAAAUGCAAUGUAUAGCCCCCACCACCAUUGUCCCAUCUCUUGGCUUAUGUUUACUUCUAGGUUGACAAGUUGUUUGUUAUGGCAAUUGGUUAGUUUUAUAUACUCCUUAUAUUCUUAGAAGCCAGGUGGAAUAUUUGCAGUGGUCUCUCAGAUUCUUCCAUGUGCCCUGCUUGGAUCUGCGCAUGCAGAUCUUGUCACCUCAUCCGAGCUGGACCUUGUUCAAUUGCUGCUAAUUUUACCUCCCAUAGUGAAACUUUGAUUCCCAUCUUUUAUAUCUUUCAUUCUCCUUUCUUCUUCUUUCCCCCAUCACCUCGCAAUUCAGUUAUGAAACUAAGUGGGUUCUGCAGGAGAUUUGCAUGGAGCAACUGCUACUGCUGGUUUGCGGUUCACGUGAUUGCUGCAUGACUUCUUUGUUUCCAGGCUUAAAUGGAUUUUUGUUUGUUUGUUUGAGUCAAUCAAACCUGUGUUUUGGAUCAAAGGUUAGCAGAUUUUUUUAUAAAAUAUUUGGAAGAAAAACAAAAUAAAUGUUGUGCAGGGGAAAAUGUUGCAAAAACCUCCAAGGAUAGAUCCGGAGUGAAUGAGACGAAUGCAUCCUUAACGUUGAAGAAAGAAUAAGGUCUCGUUGAUAUUUUUCACUAGUGUCAUAUGCAUGCUUGUAAAGUUACUGCAAUCCUUAUUUUCUUGGUAUUUUGUUUUUAAUCUAAUGAAGCUGGUGGUUUUGUCAGAAAUAAUUAAGUUGACUGGCCUUGGGACCUUGUAGCUUUCUUCUUUGGAAACUAUCAUGAGAUGGCACUUAGACUAAAUGAAGGAGAUGAAGUAGAAAUUGAGCCCGAUCCUGCAACAUGGACAGCCUUAGAGGAGGAACUUUAUAUUCAGUUAAUGGUGAAAGAGGUUCACAAAGGGAAUAGAUCAUCAACCACCUUUUCAAGGAAAGGUUGGAAACAAAUUGAACAAGAGUUCUGUGAGAAAACCAACAAGAGUAAGCUGCUGAAGGAACCUGGGUUUACUUGGGUACCCGUGCUCAGUAUUGUAACCGCAACUGAUGCUGUUUGGGAAUCAUACAUAAAGGGAAACAAAAAUGUGAAGAGAUUUUGGAAAAAAGGGUGCCCAGUGUUUAAUGAGUUAGGAAUCAAAUUUGGGGACCCAACAUCAAGUUACAAAGAUGUAUUUCCAUUAGCUCAGUAUCCAAUGGUUAGUGAAUAUAAAUUGGAUAUAGAAGAUGAGUCAACAAAUGCUACUCCAUCCGCUUUCCCAAGUGACAGUAGCAAUGGUAGAGAUUUUCCCUCGCAAAGUACUAGACGCCUUCGCCAACGAUCUUCCACUCCUACAAGCCAUCUUAGAGGGAAGGGGAGGCAAGAACAGUAGUGGAGGGUGAGGCAUUGAAGGAAUGGACUGAAGCUACAGUUCCCUCGAGGAUGUCUGAUAGAAAAUGGGCUGAAACUAGUAAGGUAAUGACCCCAACUUUCCAUAAACUUGAGACAUCUUCCCAAGCUAGUCCAUUCUCAAUUACCAAUUGUGUCAAGUGUCUAGAAGCGAUUGAAGGAAUGGAUUCAAGUACCUACAUAAAGGCAAUCAAGAUGUUUAAGGAUUUAGAUUGGAGGGAGAUGUUUAUGGCAAUGUCUCCCGAAAGAAGAUUGGUUUGGUUGGCUAGCUUAGAGUAGUUUUGUUUUCUAUGAUUUUAGGUUUCUUAAUCUAUGGAACAUGUUGAGAUAUUUCAACAUUAAUAUGCAUUCAGUACCACAUGUACACUUUCACCUUUUUGUGUGGCACGUAAUUCUUAGUCUGAUGGGACGGGUUAAGAUGUUGGAGCAAUAAAAGGUGUAGGAGUAAACUAAUCUCAAUUCGAACAGAAUGUAAAGUGCUUAUUAUUUAAAAAAUGUCGUUAUUGAUCCAAAAAAAAUAAUGGCUCAAACACACUUUUUUGGGUCUUCAAUCCAAGUUUUAGUAAAUUCAGAUAGAUUAUGCCUGUCAAAUUCGUAGUUUCCAAAUGGGAAUAGUUUAGGAGCUCUUAAAAGUCCAUGUAUAGUUGGACCCAAUCCUACGUGAAUCUAUGUGUGCUACCCAAUUUAUACUUCUACUUCUCUACUGCAAUGAGUUAGCAUUUAAACCCCCAAAACCAUAUCUACCUCAUCAUUUCUCCUAACCCAAAAUCAUAUCUUACCAACCUUAAACCUUUCCUUUUAAAUCCUUCAACUCUAACCACUACACAUCAUUGAAAUCAGCUGCUUAUUAAUAUUCACAGCCAUACUAUCACAGCUCCAAACUCUUGCCUCUCUUUGUAAAAUCAUAGCCCUAAACUCUUCCCCUUCUCUUGUAUCCAAACAAACCCUUAAACUCUAUUGUUUUGCCCUCUAGUUGCAACAAAAUCUUAGCAUAAUCAGUCUCUAAAAAACUUUUCUCAUCACUGCCCAACAUCAAUUUUUUUGGCAUCGGAAUUGUUGAAAUCUGCCUCCGCCCUGCUCAUACUUCAUCCAUCAAAUGGUUAGUAAGUUCAUCAUGUCAAUGUGCAGCCUAUGAUGUGGUAAGGACGGACUGUUGAUCCUAAUGUAGGUGUUGCCUUGUUAACAUUGAUAAACAUUAAUCUAAAUACAGUAAUGCAUAAUUAUAGUACUUUUCAACAAACUUUAGUACCUUAUAGAAGAUAGAACAUAAACACCAGAAACUCUUAACAAUUUGAUGCUGCCAAAAAUAAGAGACCAAAUAAUUGAAGAGCUUCAUUUAUCAAACUUACCUCAAACCA